CAUGGCCUGGAAAUGACAGCAGCACAGCCACGUCAAGGCGGAGCGGCUCUUUUUGGCUCUACUUGGCACCUGUACUUUGGUCGGGAGCCCGAUUGUUUUGGCUCAGUGUUGAUUAAAGCCUUUUGGUGACAGGUCCAAAACUUUCUGUAAGCUUUGGCAUCAUGUCUGACAAAAGCGAGCUGAAAGCAGAGCUUGAAAGGAAGAAGCAACGCUUGGCACAAAUCAGAGAGGAGAAGAGGAGGAAGGAAGAGGAGCGCAAGAAGGCGGAACUGAAAGAGGUCGUACUUCCUCAGGAUGACUCUGACCUGGAGAAGAAAAGACGUGAAGCUGAGGCUCUUCUACAGAGCGUGGGCAUAACCACAGAUGUUACAGUUGUCCCUCCUCCCAUUUCUCCAACUGCCAAAUCUGCGGGCACACCGAGUGAUGCAGGGAGCCAGGACUCUGAUGGAGCUGUGGGACCCAGGAAUCUGCAUUGGGACUCUGACCCGUCCACUCUUCAACUUCACUCUGAUUCUGAGCUGGGGCGUGUAACUCCAAAACUGGGGAUGGCCAAAGUCACACAAGUGGACUUCCCACCACGUGAAAUUGUGUCCUACACGAAAGAGACCCAGACCAUUACUCAGGCGAAAGAAGAGGAAGAAGAAGAGGAAGAAAGUGCUCCACCUCAGCAAGUAGUUGAGACUCAAGCUGAGAAAGAGGACCAGAAAAAAGAGGAGGAGGAAGCACCCCCUCAUGAGCUGACAGAGGAGGAAAAACUCCAGAUCCUGCACUCGGAGGAGUUUGCAGAUUUCUUCGACCACAGCACUCGCAUUAUCGAGCGGGCUCUAUCCGAGCACGUGGACCUCUUCUUUGACUACAGCGGCCGUGACCUUGAAGAGAAAGAGGGUGAAAUCCAGGCCGGGGCUAAGCUCUCGCUUAACAGGCAGUUCGUGGAUGAGCGCUGGUCCAAACAUCGUGUUGUCACCUGCCUGGACUGGUCACCCCAGUAUCCUGAACUGCUGGUUGCUUCAUACAACAACAAUGAGGAUGCUCCUCAUGAGCCAGACGGUGUGGCUUUGGUGUGGAACAUGAAGUACAAAAAAACUACACCGGAGUACGUCUUCCACUGUCAGUCUGCUGUUAUGUCAGCGGCGUUUGCCAAGUUCCACCCCAACGUUGUGGUGGGAGGCACCUACUCGGGGCAGAUUGUGCUGUGGGACAACAGGAGCAACAAGAGGACCCCUGUGCAGAGGACUCCCCUGUCAGCAGCAGCACAUACGCACCCGGUAUACUGCGUGAAUGUGGUCGGCACCCAGAAUGCCCACAACCUCAUCAGCAUCUCUACUGAUGGCAAGAUGUGCUCCUGGAGUCUGGACAUGCUCUCUCAGCCUCAGGACAGCAUGGAGCUGGUGUUCAAGCAGUCCAAAGCUGUAGCUGUCACCUCCAUGUCUUUCCCUCUUGGAGAUGUCAACAAUUUCGUAGUGGGCAGCGAGGACGGCUCAGUCUACAUGUCAUGUCGUCAUGGAAGCAAAGCAGGCAUUAGCGAGAUGUUUGAGGGACACCACGGCCCCAUCACGGGGCUCCACUGCCACACAGCUGCAGGGCCACUGGACUUCUCUCACCUGUUUGUUACCUCGUCUUUCGACUGGACUGUCAAGCUGUGGAGCACCAAGAACAAUAAGCCGCUGUACUCAUUCGAAGAUAACUCAGAUUACGUGUAUGAUGUCAUGUGGUCCCCAACUCACCCUGCUCUGUUUGCUUGCGUGGAUGGAGUCGGUCAUCUCGACCUGUGGAACCUCAACAAUGACACAGAGGUCCCCACCGCCAGCGUCACAGUGGAGGGUAACCCAGCCCUGAACAGGGUCAGAUGGGCUCAUUCUGGCAAAGAAAUCGCUGUGGGAGACUCUGAUGGACAAGUCCUUGUCUAUGAUGUUGGAGAGCAAAUUGCAGUACCGCGAAAUGACGAAUGGACCCGUUUUGUUCGCACACUGGCAGAAAUCAACGAGAACAGGGAUGAAUCAGAGGAGCUGGCAGCUCAGCGUCUGGCCGCAUGAGCUUGUCGCCCUGGACGAGGCAUUUAAGGGACCAGUCAUGUGCUCGUUAAUGUCAGCCCUGUUUUGAUAGAUGGAAAAGAUGAAGUUUGUAUCAGAAAGAAGUACGGAUAUCGCUUGGUUUCCAACGCUCCUCUUAUUUAGACAAUUGCCUUCUUAGUUCGCUGCACCGUGGUCUGUCUUCCUCUGAAUAAGCCAAGCGACAGGGCUAUGAACCUCAGACACUAACCCAAAGCCAUAUUCACAAAACAGUCAUCUUUUCUUCAACCAGAUGCCUUAAAGUUUAAUUUAAAUCUUGAUUGUCACGUCUUUACCCACUUUUAUUUACAGCAUGGCAGCCUUAAUUAUGAGUUAAGUCGGUGCUCCACUUUCAACAUAUUCAGGAAAAUCAGUAAGAGCUGUUCUCCAUUUCCACCAAAGUUGUAGUAAAGCAAUCACAUCUCUAAACACCCAGGAAUGUAAACAUCUCAUAGCUGUAGCCCACGUCGCCAUCUCUGUUCUUUUAGACUGGAUAACAUAAACACUUGUUUGUAAAAUAGUGAAAUGUCAAAGUCUUUCUACCAAGAUGUUGUUUUAUACUGCACUUCUUGCCUCUUAAUCAGCGCAGCUCGAGUUGGAUCCGGGAUGGUUGGAAUAUCACCCCAGCAUGUUGAAUAGGGUGGUUAUGUAUGCUGUAACUGCUCGGUGAUUUCCACGUUUGUCAUGUACGGUGAUGGGCUCUGAAUAGAGAUUGGUGUCAAAACAGAGAAUGUACAUUUCACAAUAGCAAUCAACAGUUUCAAUGAUUUAUUUCAGUAAAAUACAAUAAAUACAUUUAAAUAA